AUGAGGGUCUUGGCCUGCCUCCUUGCAGCUCUAGUGGGGAUCCAGGCUGUUGAGCGGCUGCGCCUGGCUGACGGCCCCCAUGGGUGUGCUGGCCGCCUGGAGGUCUGGCAUGGCGGGCGCUGGGGCACCGUGUGUGACGACGGCUGGGACCUCCGUGAUGCUGCUGUGGCUUGCCGGCAGCUAGGCUGUGGGGGGGCGCUGGCCGCCCCUGGGGGCGCCUUCUUCGGGGAGGGCACGGGGCUGGUGUGGCUCAGCGAGCUGGCCUGCCGGGGCAGCGAGGGGCAGCUGGGCUUCUGCCCCCACCGGGGCUGGAAGGCCCAUAUCUGCUCCCAUGAAGAGGAUGCAGGUGUCGUCUGUGCAGGUCAGCGGGUAGCAAAUUCGAGGGACAAUCCUGCUUCCACGCUGGAUGGGGAUUCGUGGCUAGGGCUGUCUGGGGAGCUGAGCCUCACCUCAGAGGAGCCCCCUGUGACUCCUGCACCCCACCCAGCAGGGAGCCCCCAGAAUAGCUCCCGGAAGAAGACCCCCCGGCCACCCAAGCAGGCCAAGUCCACACGGGCCCCUCUGCUGACUUCUGGAUCCCCCCGCCAAGAGCGGCUGCGCCUGGUCUCAGGCCCCCAUGGCUGUGCGGGCCGCCUGGAGGUCUGGCACGGCGGGCGCUGGGGCACCGUGUGUGACGACGGCUGGGACCUUCGCGAUGCCGCUGUGGCUUGCCGGGAGCUGGGCUGCGGGGGGGCGCUGGCCGCCCCUGGGGGUGCCAGGUUUGGGCCAGGCUCAGGGCCAGUGUGGAUGGAUGAUGUGGGGUGUGGAGGAGGAGAGCAAGCUCUCCGGGACUGUCCCCGGAGCCCCUGGGGCCGCAGCAAUUGUGACCACAGUGAGGAUGCUGGGCUGGUCUGCACCGGCCCAGCCCCUAGGCUGCGACUGGCCGAUGGCCCCCACGGCUGUGCUGGCCGCCUGGAGGUCUGGCACAGUGGGCGCUGGGGGUCAGUGUGUGACGAUGCCUGGGACCUCCGAGAUGCUGCAGUGGCCUGCCGAGAGCUGGGCUGUGGGAGGGCACUGGCUGCCCCUGGGGGUGCCUUCUUUGGUGAAGGGUCUGGACCCAUCAUCCUGGAUGAUCUUCGGUGUCGUGGAAACGAGACAGCCCUGCGAUUCUGCCCAUCUAGGACCUGGGGCCAGCAUGACUGUCACCACCGGGAGGAUGCUGGAGCCGUGUGUGAUGGAAUGCCCCUUGGCUAUGUCCCUCCCACCGCUCCUGCAGUGGACAGCAACACCUCAACAUCCAGGCAAGCGGCUUCCAUGCCCCUGUCCCCCACGGUGAGCCAAGCCCUAGGGACAGCUGGCAUUUCACCCCCUCCAGCCUCUCCUACUGCCCCUUGGGAGCCUGGACCAGAAGUUGGGUCCCCACAGCUGCGCUUGGUGGCUGGGCCCAGCAGGUGCUCAGGUCGGCUGGAGGUGUGGCACGAUGGGCGCUGGGGGACAGUGUGUGAUGAUAGCUGGGACAUGCGGGACUCAGCUGUGGUCUGCUGGGAGCUGGGCUGCGGUGGACCACGUCAGCCAGACCCUGCUGCUGGUCGCUUUGGCUGGGGUGCAGGGCCCAUCUGGCUAGAUGAUGUGGGCUGCGUGGGGACGGAGUCUUCGCUGUCUGACUGCCCUGCUGCUCUCUGGGGGAAGCACAACUGUGCUCACAAUGAGGACGUUGGGGUCACCUGCACUGGACCCCCUGGCCUGGACUCUGUCUCAGACCCCUUCAGUUGGAGCUGGAUCCCUGGAUUGGGUAGAGAUCAGGAUGCCUGGCUCCCAGGAGAGGUGGUGACCAAGCCCCCUGCAAGUUUGACCUCUAGUGUUCCUGAGAAAACUACCACCAAGGUGCCAGGGAAAAUGCCUAAAAGUACUAAAAAGUGGGUAACAAAAAAUACAAAGAGACCAACCACUCAACCCCCAGUAAUGCCAACCACUAAACAUGCUGGGGGACUGGGCACUCAAAAUCCCCCAGCAUUGACCUCAUGGACCACUACAACACUGACUGCUGAGGCAUCUGGAAGGCUGACUUCUCAGUUUACCACAAGGCUGACCACUGAGACCCCCCCCAGACAGAUCUCACACAGGACUGCCAUUCUGACUUCUCAGAGUCCCCAAGAACGAAAUUCUAAAACCACAGCAAUACUGACUGCUCAGGGGCCCCAAGAAAUGACCUCUGAGGCCACUAUCAGGAAAAUCCCUCAGGCUUCCCUGGAGCCAUCUGCUGAGCUCCCAGCAGAAGGGUCUCCAGAGUCACCCAAAGAACCAUCCCUUUCCCCCACUGAUAGCACCACUGAGAAAUCAGGUCUGUUCCGGGUUCGUCUGGCUGAUGGACCCAACCGGUGUGCAGGUCGGCUAGAAGUGUGGCAUGCUGGACGCUGGGGAACAGUGUGUGAUGAUAACUGGGAUCUGCGGGAUGCCACUGUGGCCUGCUGGGAACUGGGCUGUGGAAAGGUCCGGCCCCGAGUAGGAAAAACCCACUAUGGUCCUGGGACUGGGCCCAUCUGGCUGGAUGAUAUGGGUUGUAAGGGAAGUGAGACUUCGCUGACUAACUGUCCCUCAAGACCAUGGGGGAAGCACAACUGUGAUCACGAGGAAGACGUGGGGCUCACCUGCACUGGCUACUCAGAUGAAGAUGAUUAUCCCCCCUGGACCUGGGACCCUUCCUCAGGAGAGGACCUGGCCAAGGGGACCACUGUGGAAGGAGUACCUGGACAUGCUCUCUCCUGGGGUACAACCAGGCGCCCAGCAGUCUCCUCCCUGUCAACAUGGCGCCUGCCAGACACAGGUGACAAAGAUGGUUACAAGCCUCCCUGGAUGUGGGACAAAUCUAUGGGAAGGGGCCUUGUCAAGGGGUUCCCCACCACAGGCAAACCACUCACCCAUGCCACUGGCACCACCAGGAGUCAAGGAAGCCCUCUUCCAGCCCCACGGUUCUAUGGGGACACAGGUUCCCGGAGGAAACAGUGGCCUGAACGCCGUCUGCUGCGACCCACUGAGGUCAGGACAGCACCCCUCACCCCGUCCCCAGCUCCCUCCGCCUCGAUGGAACUCCCAAGCCCACCGCUGACCUCUGAUUCCCAGCCACAGCUCAUUCCCAACUUGGUUUCAAGACCAGAGGCGACCUCCAACCCUCCUGACACUUCGCCACCCACCCCAGAUCUGGCCUCGUGGACGAACCCUGACCUCGUCUUUACAAGCCCUCACCUUAUUUUGUCCACCCCUGACUCCAGUGUGAUUCCGAUGCCAACUCCAGAGCUCUCACCUCCCCUACCACCCACCUUGCCCGUAGGGCUAACCUCUGAUUCCUCUGUACUGUCCGAAAUGACCCCGGAAUCUGACACAACCCCAGACUUGGACACAACUCCAUACCCAAAAACAGUUCUAGAAUCUUCCAGCUCCCCAAACCUUUCCACAAGCCCUUACCAUACUACCACCCCUCACCCCACCAUAACUCUUCAUCCUGCCACGACCCCUCAACCUCCCACGACACCUUAUCCUGUGACCACCCCUCAACUCAUCACGACCCCUCAACCCAUGAUCACCACUGAACCCACCAUGACUCCUGAACUUACCACCACCCCUCAACCCACCACUGCCCCUCAACCCACCACAGAUCCUCACCUCACCUCAGCCCCUAUCUUCACUUCUAAGUUUCUUCCAACCUCCUUGGGUACAGAACUUUCCUCACUCACUUCAACACCCACAAGCAAGCCCAGCCUGCCCCCUGAGCUGAGCUUCACAACACCUGCCACUCACACCUCCACUUCCCAGAUGCCAACACUAGAGCCCUCUUCAACCUUAGAGUCCAACACCUCUAGUUUCUCCACAGCCCAAAGCUUGGAGCCACUGUCCACUGAAGAUUUCGAAUCAUCAGGAAGCCAGAGCUCCAAACUAACCUCUUCACCUACCCAGACCCCACACUCAGCCUCUGACCCCAUUAUGACCCCUGACCUCCACCUCUCCUCCAUGGCCCACCCCUUGGAUCAACCUCCUCCUGACCACCUCAACUUAGGCUUACCCACUGGUCAGAGCUCAGGCCCUGUUGGCCCAUGUGUGGUUCCAACACCACCUGUAAGAGUCAUGGCUUGUGAGCCACCUGCUCUGAUGGAGCUGGUGGCUGCUGUGAGGGAUGUAGGUGGUCAGCUGCAGAGGCUGACCCAUGUCCUGGAGCAGGACCGGCAGGAGCGUCAAGCCCUGGGAUUGGGGCUGACCCAGCUGGUUGAAGCUGCCCAGGGUCUAGGGCAGCUGGGUGAGGUUAUAAAGAGACUAGCAGAGGUGACCUGGCCCCCCAGCACACCUGUGCCAACCACUACCACCCUAGAGGAGGAGGAGAGGCCUCUAAGGGGAGAUGUGUGAACUUCUUCAAGAUUUGUGGGGCUUAAGCCACUCCCAACCAAAGGAAACCCCCCAAACUAUUAAUUAAA